GUCUGACACAGCAGUGAGGCCCCAGAGGACCCAGGUCUGCAGAACCCUCUUCAUCUGCCCUGUGGUUCCCAGACGGAGCCUCAUCCUCUCCAAAGAUGACCUGGAGACAGCUGCUGCUUGUUUCCUGUUUCUCAGUCACUGUGCUCCUGUCCAUGCUGCAGGAGGGGACCAGUGCAUCAGUGGGCACCAGGCAGGUGGCCGGACAAGAGGCCCAGGAAGGUGUGGAACAGAAGAUUUUCAUGCAGGAAUCAGAUGCCUCGAAUUUCCUCAAGAAGCGUGGCAAGCGGUCCCCCAAAUCCCGAGAUGAGGUCAAUGCGGAGAACAUACAGAAGCUGAGGGCUGAUGAGCUACGAAGAGAAUAUCAUGAGGAACAACGGAACGAGUCUGAGAACUUCGUGGAGGAGCAAAAUGAUGAACAAGAAGAGAGAAGCCGGGAGGCUAUUGAACAGUGGCGCGAGUGGCAUUAUGACGGCCUGUACCCAUCAUAUCUCUAUAACCGCCACCACAUCUGA